AAAAUCAAAAAGUAGUAAGAAAUGAGGGCGACACCAAAAGUAGAAAUUUGGAAGUCACCAAUACCAUAUCUCUUUGGUGGUUUGUCUUUGGUUCUUUUUCUUAUAGCUUUAGCAUUAUUCUCAUUGGUCUGCAUACACAGAAAAUCUCAUUCUUCUUCUUCUAACAAUACCUAUAAUGUUGAGGAAGAAGAAGACGCCGGAGACAACGAAGCUAAAACUGUCAUGGGAGAAUACUUACCUAAGAUCGUCGUGAUUUUGGCCGGAGACGAUCAACCUACUUGUUUGGCCGUUCCGGUGAUUCCUACACUGUCUUCCAUUUAUCCUUGUAAAUGUGGCAACGUUACUGUCGUCUCAACCUAGCCAUUCACAUAUUUUCUCUUUUGCCAAACAAAAAGUAAAAGAGAUUUCAACUUCUGUAAUAAUAAACGGCCAUAUUUUGUAAGAGUCGACUGUUUGGUGGACUUUAGUUAGUACUCCAUAAUUUAAGUUUUUUUAAUGGUUUUAUGUA